AUGGCCUCAUAUGACCUGCCCCAGGUCUAUGAGAAGCCCGCCUACGAAACACUCCUCGCUGUCCUCGAAGGGCUUCGUCUCCAACCGCCUGUAUGGAACCGCCGGGCGGGACGCGCCGCCGCCGUCCAGGAGCACGAGUCGGCUGGUGCGCUGCGCAAGGCCGACGUGACGCGGUACAUAUCGACGAUUGUGUCGUCGCCGCUGGGCUGGAUCGCCGACGAGCAGCAGAGGGAGACGCUGUGGGAUCUGGCGGCCCGGCGCAUGUCAGAGCGGUGCGGCCGCGCAGCCAUGGGCGACAUUGUGCGCAGGUGGCCGUUUGAGGCGGCCGACGGCAGCGUGGGCGCGUACGAGCCCUUUGAGCUGGUGAUCCGGGAGCCUGCGCUGACGGGGGACUCGCUGGGCCUCAAGACGUGGGGGGCGUCGUAUCUUCUCGCGCAGCAGCUGCCCGGGCUGGCUGCCACGUCGCUGUUCAGGCUGUUUGACGAGUCGUUGGGCCACGAGGCGCCGGCCGUGCUGGAGUUGGGAUCCGGCACAGGGCUGUUGGGCCUGGCGGCCGCCGUGCUGUGGAAGGCCCACGUCUGCGUGAGCGAUUUGCCGGCCAUCACGGGGAACCUGAAGGGCAAUGUCGAUGGGAAUAGGGCCGUCGUGGAGGCGAGGGGGGGAGCGGUGAAGGUCGGCACGCUGACCUGGGGUGGUGGCGAGGACGAGGUUGAUCAGGAGCUGUUUGGGAGGGAGAACCAGUUCAAGAUUGUCCUGGCCGCAGACCCCAUGUAUGACGACAAUCACCCGGCGCUGCUGGCAUCUGCCAUCGGCCAACAUCUGGCGCUGGGCACGGAAUCGCGAGCCGUCGUCAUGGUCCCCAAGCGCGACAGCACGACGGUCAGGCUUCUGGAGGCGUUCAGACAGGCCAUGCUCGAUCUUGAUGUUCCCCUGUUUUGCGUCGAGGAAGACGAGUUGGCCGGCCAGGAUGAUUGGGUCGGCGACGAUGAAGGGGGCCAUGUCCGAUGUUGGUUGGGUGUGUUUUCACGCGGCGGCUCACCCGUGUCUGUUUAA